AUGUUUCAAUACAAGCAAUUAUCUCGGGUCGAAGUAGAACGUUUCGAAACUCCCUAUAACGAAAAUUUUCUCGAAAUUCACCUAGUCGAUCGGUCGGUUGAUCCCACCGCCGGUGACGGUGGGUCAGCAUGGCAGCCUGUGCACUGUGUGAUGCCCGCUAGAUACUGUCAAUUUGCGGAACGAAUUCGGAAUCUAACGGUAUAUGAAGAUGAUGUCUGGAUCGUAACGUUUCCGAAAGCUGGUACUACCUGGGCUCAGGAGAUGCUGUGGUUGAUUGAUCAUAAUCUAGACUACAAAACUGCGACAGCUGUUGAUUUGCAACAGCGAUCGAUAUUCUUAGAGGUAUUCGGCUUCGUAACCAACAUCGACCUACCAGACAGCAUCACAUUGGUAGAAGAAAUGCCUCGCCCACGACAUAUUAAAACUCACCUCCCGCUAGCUCUCUUACCAAGGGAGUUAUGGACAAUCAACCCAAAAAUAGUGUACGUCGCCCGGAAUCCAAAGGAUGUUACGACAUCAUUUAUGCAUCACUAUCGACAUCUGCAUGGGUUCAAAGGUCUGAAGCAGGACUUCCUCGACGGUAUUCUACAGGAUCGAAUUAUCUACUGCCCGCAAGUUAAGCACGCAACCGAAUUUUGGCGCGUAGCCAACCAUCGCAGGCACGUAUUAUUUUUGCACUUCGAAGACAUGAAGAGGAACCUUUCCGCCGUUCUGAGGCAGGUUUGUGCGUUUAUGGGAAAAACUUACAGUAAGAAACAGCUGGCUCACUUGGAAGAACAUCUUUCGUUCGAAAAGAUGAAAAACAAUAAAUCAGCAAACAAUCAAGCUUUAGUCAUUCAAUUUUCAGCAGCGAUAGGGAAAAAUUCCAACCAAUUCACAUUUAUGCGCAAAGGACAGAUUGGAGCUUACCGCAAUGAGCUACCGGAGGAUUUUUCUACAAAAUUUGAUGAAUUAAUUAGCGUGCAGCUUUCGGAUACAGAUUUUCGAUAUAGGGAAUAA